AGGCCUCCACCAGCAAGGAGGAGAAGCAGCCCUCGAAUGGGUGAGGAAACUUCUAGGCCCCUUCAUAAGGGUUGCACAUUCCCGCAUUUCCCAUGAAAGAGACCAAGAACUUCCCCAGUAUUCUCCAUCAAGUCAAGACUUUCCCCGUCCGGGCACUUCGACUGAGGGUUUUCCGUCUUCCCCUGGGGAAUUGAGCGGCGCGUCAACCGGACGUGAGGGUAUAGUACCAAACGGCAUGUUGAGCCAGUUGAACGAGGCGCUGGCAAGGCGCGGGAUAGCUCUCGGCAUGCUGAGAUGGGAGGACCAGAUGCAGACCAUCGUUCACAGCCAGAGCCCAUCUUCCGUUAUCUGGUCAGUGACUGGCCAUUACGGCGGAGCGCAGAUAGCGGAAGGCCAAGGAACGACAAAGAAAGAUGCUAGGAAUAAAGCUGCCGGCAUGGCUUUGAGGACACUUAAACAGAGGGGGAUAUUAAACUAGUCACUCUGUUGAAUCUCGACUGGUCGCCUCGUGGAUUGAGUUUGUAGUCCAUAUUUUAUUUUGUAGACGCCAGUUAUGUAUUGUAGUUUUCUAUGAUCCCAAAGAGUGUUUUUCAUGGUUGGAACACAAACAGGUGCGAAGAGCAAUCAGUG